GGACAACAAAUGCAAACUUGUGAGAGAACAAAACUCCAAUAGUAUCUGACCAUCUGAGGUCAGAUGAUCACAACCGUUCAUGUACAGGGAUGAUGGAAAUGUUGCAUCUUCUCUGAAAUGAAGCCGACACAAGGACAUACGUUGACUAUUUAUCAGCACUGAAUAAUUCAACUACUUGUACAAAAUCAAAUCUUUUCCAGACAUUAUCGGCCGGCAUGUCCACUAUAUUGUAACGCCCUGCAGCAAAAAGUAUGCCCCAUUAUCCUCAAUCUAAAAGGACGCGGCGUAUAAAAAUAUUUCAGAUCAGAAGAUACAAUCCCAAUAUCUAAUCCGCCGUACCUGCAAUAACGGGUAGAAUAACAGAGUACAACUCGGUUUCUUGCCCCUUGCCCGCACGUAUGCCGAAUGUACCGUACCAAUCUCCACGAUCGCCAGCGUGCGCGCACGUCGCCGCGCGAGGUCGUGAACAAUGAUCUUCAUCUCCAAUCAUCACCGGCAGCCUCUCUGAUUGAUCCGAUGCACGCUAUAAAUACACUUGCCGAUGCAUUGCUCUGCAGAGGCAAAGCAAGAACACCGCAAACAAAGCCGUACCAGAGCAAUGGCUUCUCCAUCCGCCGCCGUCUUGGCCCUCCUCGUCUCUCUGGCGAGCAUGGCCGCCCCCGCGAACGCGAGGUUCAAGGCGAUGCAGUGGACUCCGGCGCACGCCACGUUCUACGGCGACGAGACCGCGGCGGAGACCAUGGGCGGCGCGUGCGGGUAUGGCAACCUGUACACGACCGGGUACGGCACGGACACGGCGGCGUUGAGCACGACGCUGUUCCAGGACGGGUACGGGUGCGGGACGUGCUACCAGAUGCGGUGCACAGGCUCACCGUCGUGCUACCGGGGCUCGCCGGUGAUCACGGUGACGGCGACCAACCUGUGCCCACCCAACUGGGCGCAGGACUCCAACAACGGCGGCUGGUGCAACCCGCCCCGCACCCACUUCGACCUCUCCAAGCCGGCCUUCAUGAAGAUGGCCGAGUGGCGCGCCGGCAUCGUCCCCGUCAUGUACCGCAGGGUGCCGUGCGUGAGGAGAGGCGGGCUGCGGUUCGCGCUCCAGGGGAACUCGUACUGGCUGCUGGCGUACGUGAUGAACGUGGCCGGCGCCGGCGACGUCGGGGAGAUGUGGGUGAAGGGCGGCAGCAGCACGGGGUGGAUACGCAUGAGCCACAACUGGGGCGCCGCGUACCAGGCGUUCGCGCCGCUCGGUGGUCAGGCGCUCAGCUUCAAGCUCACCUCCUACACCACCCGGCGGACCAUCAUCGCCACCAACGUCGCGCCGGCGGACUGGUGCCUCGGGCUCACGUACGAGGCCCUCGUGAACUUCUCUUGAGAGGCGAAGGGAGUACGCCAUUUUACAGCAGAAGAAGUUGCAGGACCCUGUGGUACUCAGAAUGCUCUGUUCUGCUGGUUGUUGUUUUUGUCUUUUUUUUUCAUUGUUUUCAUAGUUUCAUUUCAGUCUAAAAUUCAGGACGUGUUGCGUGUUGCCCCCGGUCCAUGAGGAGCAGUGGGUUUGACGCGCGCAUUGUUCGUGUAAAUUGUGCUUUACUUUCAAACGCGAGACGAAAAUUUACAGUCAAAUCUCCCUAA